CAGCCAGCCACACUUUGAGUGGCACCAAUUUGGCUGAGCGCCUACCGGAGAAUAUCACCACUUGUAUUGCAUUGCAAUCUAGACACAGCAGGCACGAGACCGUCAGUUAGCCCAGCGAGAGUGGAGCAACUAAUGGCAACCAUCAGCGCCGCCACCCUCGUCGGCGCGGCCGCCGUCGCCAGGCCGUCUCAGGCUCAAGGGCUGCCGCAGCUGAGGGUGAGAGGCGAGAAGCAGGUGCACCGGUGUGGCGCCGCCGACUCGAGGCGGCCGAGCCAGCGGGACGUCGACGGCGGGAACAGCGUGAACGGCAAGGCAGCGCCAGCGUCGUCGUCUCCGGGCGGCGCCGCGUCGUCGCUUCUGGCCGCGGCGAGCGCGAUGACGACGUCGUCGCCCGCGCUGGCGCUGGUGGACGAGCGGAUGUCGACGGAGGGCACCGGGCUCAGCCUGGGGCUCAGCAACAACCUGCUGGGGUGGAUCCUGCUCGGCGUCUUCGGCCUCAUCUGGUCCCUCUACACCGUCUACACCUCCACGCUCGACGAGGACGAGGACUCCGGCCUCUCGCUCUGAAAUAAUCUACCUAGCUGAUUCGUCGAUCAUUCCUAGCUACUUGUAUUUUUGUUCAGCCUGACCCCGUGUAUUGUAGUCCGUGUGUGAGUUCGAUCGAUCUGUGCAUGCGUGGGUGCAGACGAAGCAAGCCAUGGUUGUAUGCGACCGUAACUCAGUUGUUGCAUCUCAGAUAUGGUACGUAAUGACGAGUACUUAAUUAGUAGUAGGGUGAAGUCCCGAUCUCGAAAAAAAGUACUUAGCAGUAGUUGGUUUAUCCAUUACUCAUCCGUUCUAAAUUAUAAGUUAUUUUGUUUUUUCUAAUA